CCGGGGACCCGACAUGGACAAGCUGAAGAAGGUGCUGAGCGGCCAGGACGCGGAGGACCGCAGCGGUCUGUCCGAGGAGCAGGAAGUCUCUAUGCCUGGGGAUGCCCCACCUGAGCCGCAGUAAACUUCUGUAAGCUGCUGGAGGGAAGAGUCUGGACAGGAAGGAGAUCAUAGCCCUACUAAGAGCUGGAUGUGAUGGCUUCGUGCAUCUUAGAGUAUGUCGUGGAGGCUUCGUCAUUAAGCUGGGGCACCAGGAUAAAAGGCUUCAUCGCAUGUUUUGUUAUAGGAAUCCUCUGCUCACUGCUGGGUACUCUUCUGCUGUGGGUACCCAGGAAGGGACUCAGCCUCUUUGCAGUGUUUUACACCUUGGGGAACAUCGCAUCCAUUGGGAGUACCAUCUUCCUCAUGGGGCCCAUGAAGCAGCUGAAGCGCAUGUUUGAGCCCACACGUCUGAUUGCCACAAUCCUGGUGCUGCUGUGUUUUGCACUUACCCUGUGUUCUGCCUUUUGGUGGGCUAAUAAGGGACUUGCGCUCAUCUUCUGCAUUUUGCAGUCUUUGGCCUUGACAUGGUAUAGCCUUUCCUUCAUACCAUUUGCAAGGGAUGCCGUGAAGAAGUGCUUUGCUGUGUGUCUUACAUAGUGCGGUGGCACUGUGGACGGAAGCUGGCUGACAGUUUUGUAAAUACCCUCCAAACCUCUGUCUCACAGACACGUGCCUCUUCCUUGCAGCAGCGUGUUGUUUGCGACUGGGACAUUUUUGAAGGUCGCCUAUGGGAGCAGUCACGAGUCCUAAACUAAUGCCUGUGGCGCAGUGGGAGGUUCUGGGGCGUGUAGAAGAGUCUUCUCAUGACCCCUUUCCUCUGGACGGUAUCCCAGCAAGUUCUCACAGAACAUCCUUUGUCUGAUGGCAGCAGAUAAGCCUCAAGCUCAGGAACCAUCAGUUUUCAGGAAGAGGUUAUAGCAGUGCAGCAGAAGGACAGAAGUCUGGGGAUUUGCCUCUCACCAAGGAAAGCAUUGUCGCUGCUCCAUAUAGCGUCUUCCCCGGUGUUUGAGAACAGGUGAUUCUGCCCUUCCUAAGAGCCCAGAAAGCCUGCCCUGGUGACACUGCUCCUCCUCUGGAUGGCACCUGCUUGCCGUUCUCAAUCACAACCAGCUAUGGGAUGUAUUUCUAAUACUCAGUGCAGAUUCUUUCUCUUGUUCUCACUCUCCCAUGUGUUAUGACCUUUUGGAACACUGGUAGAUUGAGAGUGAAGUAGCAGCCUAAAAACAGUUUCGUUUUGGACAAGAGCCAUCAGAAAGUGAAAAAAAAAAAUCUCCCGUGUUCCUUACUCUGUUUAUUUUUCUUCACUAUUUAUAAAUAGUUUUACCUUUUUUGAUUUUAUUUUUCGUUCUUUGCUGGAGUUGGGCCAAGGAAGUGCAUGGGAAGAGAGAACCCUUGUGGGGCCAGCAGGAAGUAGGCAUGCAUGCCAAGCAACUGAAAUGCUGCAGCACUGGCACUCAGCCUCGGGGUGGACACUGGAAAGACCCUAGCCUGCAGGUGGUCAUGUCUCAGCCUGGUGCCUAACCACGCGCACAGCACUCUUAGGUUGGGGAUCUUAACUAGUCCUCAAGAGAGCCACCUGUGGGAGCAGGAUUGAUGUCUCACCGCAGUCACGGAACCGAGGCUCAGACUGGUUUCCCUAUCGCCCGAAGCUCCAGCUGUGCCGGGGUCAAACCAGAGUCUGGGGGCCUCACUGUCAGCCUCAGUCAUUAUGCUGUGUUUCCUGGCAUGGCUCUGGUCAAAUCUGUGGGCUGUCAUAACCCUGUUCCUUGUUUUAUCAUCCUGACCUGUACCUUUUUUGAUUUCAGCAUCUAUGUCUUGUACUGUCUUCUACCCACUGCCCUAUCUUACCUUUUUGGCAGUGAGGAGGCUCUAGGUGGGAGAUCACAGGCUUUGGCCUAAUUCCUGCAGCCUGUGGCCAGUUUGCCUCAACAGAUUGAGUCUGGACGCAUUUUAGUCACUUUUGGACGAUUGUCUCCCAGUGUCUUCCCAACUCCUGAAUCUUUUUCUUCAGUUGCCUCAUCUUUUGGUUGUUUCUGAACCUGCUUUUGUUGGACUGUGGAAGGAAGAAAUUUACUUCAAAUCUACUAACGUCUCCUACCAAGCCAAUAGCAUUGAUUCAAAAGCAGCUCAGUGAGAGAGGCUAAAGUGGAGAAUUAGGACCUCUGACCCUGGCUGUGUUGGUGUCUGUUUCCCCUCCCCACCCCUUGCUCUCCCCAGUUCACUGCCUGGUGACGGGUCAUCGCUGUGUUUGAGGAGCGAUGGGAACUACUGAGUGACCAUUGUAGAGGGAAAUGUGGUGCUCAGCCAGGCUCUAUCCGGGUGCGGGGAGCCUGCCCUGAGUGCUGUCUUUCCAGCGCUGUGGUCUGUGGGUACUGUACAGAGAGGACCAUUGUGCCUUCUGGACCAGGAGAGUACUUCCGACUCAGGAGAGUUGCUUCCGGUCCUCUUGGCCUCCCUGUAUUCCAGGCUGUUGGGACGCUGUGAGGGUGGGUCCCUGCUCACUCGGUUCUGUCUCUCUUACUGUCCCUUUUCACAGACCAAUCCCGGAGUGAACAUUUGUCUCUCCUGCUCCUCAGUAUGGCUGCUGCUCAGACCCCAACACCAGGCGUCUUGUCUCGGGGAAGGGUGAAAUACUUUCCCAGCUAGGCGUUUACAUGGAGAUUGUCUCCUUGCUCAGGUGUCGGUGCUGGUCUCACGGUGACUUUAUGGAGUAUGUCCUAAGUGCCACCUUCCUUCCACACAGUCGCCAUAGGCUGAGAGAGCAAGAAAUGAAACCAUGAACUGCAUUCCAUAUAAAAAUACUUUUUAGUAUUUCUCUUAGAUAAUUAGCAGCUGGGCAGUAGCUGAAACAGAUAUGGAGGGCCGGUCUGUUUUGGUUUUGUUGACGAUAUCCCUGUGAGUGACAAGUGUUGCAGUAUAUGGGAUGAGACUUGGUGAAAUGAAUUAGGUGACCCAGUUCAAGAAGUGCACCCCACAGCUGUAGAUUUCCUUUCCUGCAGACAUUCUAUUCCCACCCUCUUGAUUUUACUCUUCUUCGGGUAACUUCUCAUUAUGGUUAGUUACAGGCACUUUAAAUUCACAACCAAGCCUAAAACUUACUUUCAGCUAAUUAAAAAAAAACAAAAACAAAAACAAAAAAAACCAAAAAAACAAAAACUAGUGUUUAAAGCAGCUUAAAGAUCCUUGCUAGACUUUGUUUUGUUUUUAAUGCCCCCCCCCCCUUUUUGGAGCUUUAAUAUGCUAUAGCUUGCAGAUAACAUCCCUUUAAAAGCAAAUGAACCAGCUGGGCAUGGUGGCAAAUGCCUGUACUCCCAGCACUCAGGGAGGCAGAGGCACAUGAAUCUUUGUGAGUUGGAGGCUAGCCUGGUCUACAAAGCAAGUCCAGGACAGCCAAGGCUACACAGAGAAACCCUGUUUAAAAAAAAAAAAAAAGUGAAUAAACAGCUGAAACUCAAUGCAAAUAUAAUUUUUUUUUUCCUGGAAGUCUAAGUUGCUUAGAAAGUUUUAUUAAACUGGUGCUUAGAGGUUGAUCUUAAAGUACCUGCCAGUUCAUUUUAUGUUUUGAGAUCUUGCAUGUUGUUAGGCUAAAGAGGGAAGUGGAGUUUCAGUUUGCUCACCCACGAUGGUGUAUUUAGUUCCACUUUGAGUGUUUCCAGCCCUGCUGUGACGUAAGGGUGACUUGAAGGUAGCUGCUGCUUAAGCUAUGCCAUUGGCUUGUGAGGUUUCUGUUGCAGUGUGGCAAAUGGGGAGUAACAGAGCCUUCAUUAAAUCAUCUGCCAACACAAACUCACAUCCGUCUAUUCUAGCAGGAGCUGGUAACUGACAGGUAGGCUUGGCUAUGUACAGAAUGAUUGUCUGCAAGUGGCGUGAUCUGAAACCAGAGGAAAAUAGGUCCAGUAGAUAGAAAUUCUACCGAAGAUGAGAGAGGCCAGCCUACGGCAUCAUCACAAAACAAUCACGGAUGCUGUGCACUCAGAAUAGUGCCACUACAUGUAAUAGAGUGCUUGCCUAGCAUGCGUGGAGACUGGGGUUCAUCCCUGGGAAUGCAUACACUGGCUAUGGUGGUGUGUUUCCUGUAAUCCCAACACUUGGGAGGUAGAGACAGGAGGACCUAGAGUACAUUAAACCUUACCCUUAAAAAAAAAAAACAAGUUUGAUGUUUGGUCCUGUGCACAAUGGCUCUAUCUGUUAAUGCCCAGUUGUUUAUUUUUCCUGGCCUUUUUCAUUGUGUUUGCUUAACUUGACUAAGGAGAGGGGGAAAAUAGCCCCCUGAACUCUGUUCUCUGUAAUUCUGAUUGUGAAAUUGGUAGUGAGGGUAUGCAGAAGCCUAUGGUGAAGGCACUAGUAGCCUUGUGUAGUUUCUGGGCAACUGGGAACACUCUCCAGCAGUAAAACCAAACUUAAAAUGCCCAUGGUAGAUUUGUAUGCCUUCAGAACAUUGUACCUGUUCUAAAACAGCUUUUAAAACACUUUGUUUAAAAAAAGAAACAAUUUUUAUAAUUACAUAAGUGUAGUUGAUUUUGAAUGUUAUUAAUUGCAUAACUGAAUUUUUGUAUUCAGAAAUAUAUUCUUGAAUACUGCC